UUAUGGGAUGUAGACAGAUGCCAGUGCAAACGCACGAUUAUGGCCAUUUCUUCGCUUCAUGAUGUGUUGGCCUGUGGUCCAUUCUACGCUAUCAUUACCGGUCAUUUCGAUCACAAAAUCCGCAUCUGGGAUGAACGUUCCGGCGUGGCUACCUCCGAAGUUACAGUUUCCGGCCGUGUUACUGGUUUGGAUAUAUCAUCCGGUAGCCCGGCAUUCGACGAUCGCAUCGUUGUUGGUGUUGCGAUUGCGCUAAGUGCUCGCUUUCUUACUGGAUAUGACUCAGCAACCGACUGGGCGCUGUAUCUCUGGAUCGUUCAGUAA